AAAACAGCUGCUCUAAAUAAAAAAAUAUUUUCUUUUCCUUUUGUAGUGAUAUUGUAGAACUUUGAUUUGAUUUCCUUAAUGUACAUAAAUAUUUUUUUGCCAUAAUGGAAGUUAAUCCUAUGGCUAUAAUUCUUGUUUAUUUGGAUAGCAAAGGAGAUAGAUUGUUGUAUCGUUAUCCCUAUCAAUUGCAAAAUGGAGAAAAAUCGUCACUAGCUCUGCCGGUCGCACCACCUAUUGUUCCACAUGUUGAUAGUAGUAGCAGCAUAGUGAGUACCGGAUCCAAAACUGGAAAUGACAUGAUUCACAAGAAGCGCAGUCGUUUCGCUCUACAAAAUUCCGAUGAUUUACUGCAACCGGCUGCUCCUAACAGUGGUCAUAAUAUUGCUGUCACAAAAGCUGGACAGUUACACGGUUUUGCUGAUGAAGUACUGGCUCCUUUAUUUGCUGUUAAACCACAAUUGUGCAAUCAAAAAUUUGAGCUUAAAGUUAAUGAUGUACGUUUUGUAAGUCAUCCCACUUUGGUGUCCAAAAAAGAGCAUCGUACAAGCCAGCUUACUAGCUUAAGUGCGUCCACAAAUAAUCAAACACUAAUGUGUACACCACAAACUUUGAUACCAGCACAAAAUAAUCAAAAUACACAAAAAUCCCAGCCUCAUCAAAUGCUGGUCAAUAUUGUGUUUGCUUUACAUGCCCAGGCAAGUUAUUCUAUAGUUAAAUGCUAUUAUGAUUUAAGUAAACGUCUUGGACUAGCCCUCAAAGUAGAAGAGCAGAGGGUAGGUUAUCUUACAGAAGAGACUGUUCUGAUGGCACGUACACACGAUGAAGUUUCCUCCAAACAGCAGCCUUUAGAGAAAGCCUUUGAUUUGAUAUCCGAAAGAUGUAGUUUAGCGCAAUCGUUAAAAUCCAUUUAUCAUGAUUUGUGCACUACUGGCUUGUUGAAUAGCACUAUUAAUCAAAAUCUCACCUUGAGCUUUUGUUUGCCGGCUAAGGCACAUCAGUUGCACAAAAAAGGCAGCAUGGUGGAUCCGGAAACAAUUGAUCACUGUUUAAAGUCUUUGAAACCCUACCAUGGCAUGUUACUACUAGUGGAUUUUGCAGAACUUUUGGAUUGCGUUCCUCCAGCUGGUGCUAGAAUGUUGUUGCAACUUAUAGAAGUUUACACUCCUCUAAUGAGUUUACAAAGCAUGGCAUCUGAUGCUGAUCUCAGCAUAGAACAUGUCAAUAAAUUGGUCUCCCAUUUAGUUUAUUGGGCAAAGGCAACCAUUAUUUAUCCUUUAUGUGAAACUAAUGUCUAUGUUAUUGCACCAGAUGCACCUUUGCACACAAAAUCACAUUUGGUGGAAAAAUUCUCUGUACGUUUUCCUGGUAUGUCACUAUUUGAAGUAAUCUCUGAUUUUUCUUUGCCCACAUCGAUUGGUCAUUUAACCACCCCUUUGCAACAGUCUGCCCGGCAGGGUAUUCUAGCACAAAUGGUCUUGUGGAUGUUGCAACAUCAUUUACUUAUGCAACUGCAUACUUAUGUACAAUUUAUGCCGAGUGAUUUGACCGAUUUGGAUAGUGAUGACGAUGAUGACGGUGGUUGUGAGUUAGAAUCGGCUUCAUUAAUGGAUUUGGCCGGAUCUCUUUUGGGUCAAGAUGAUAUAAUAUUACCAGGACGCAGUAGUAAUGUCAGUGAUGAUGAUUUAGGAGCAGGUUCAUUGUUGAGUAUGUCUAGUCAACCAUUACCUGUACCACAUACUAGUCGACGUUCCAUAACAGAGGACCGAUUUUCCGGUGGCGGAUCUACAACAUCGGAUAAUAUUGCCGCCCAACCUUCUUCGAGUCAUAAAUCGAAUUUUAGCAUGACAGCUUCCUUAAGUACGGAUAAUUGUGAUAGUAUAGCAUCCAUUGAAGAUGAAGAGAAAAUCAAAGAACUUAUACAAGUUUUUGAGGAAUCCGAUCGACCCGCCAUCAGACGUAUACCAGCCUCAGCAAAUCUCGAUGAUUUAUCAUUAAUGGUUAAACUUUAUCAGGCGGGUUACUUUAAAAGUGAACAUCAUUUAGAGGAAAUUAUGUAUUUUGAAAACUUAAGACGUUCCCAGCUAUUACAAUUGCUCGAUAAAUUUCGAGAGGUAUUGAUAAUAUACGAAACUGAAGAUCCAGCUAUAGCAUCAAUGUAUAAUAAUAAAAUACCAGGAGAAUGGUAAAAUAAUAUAAAUAAAGUAAUUGAAAACAAGCACAAAUAAUUACUUUGUAAAACGAAAACCAAAUCCUAAAAAAGAUUGUAAAUAAAACUGCAAAUAUUUUCUUUUUUUUUAAUAUAAAUUUAAAAUAAUUGUGGUAUUUUUUUAGUAUAUAUAUUUUUUUAUUGUUGUUGUAAUUAUUAUAAUGCUUUGCUUACUUAAUAAUUAAUCAAUUGUUUUGUUGUUGUUUUUUAUCAAAAAUUAAAGAAACACAUUAAUUUAAA